AUGCAAGUUUCAAAUGUUCCGUCGCAAAUGUUUUCAAACUUUGUUGUGUUUCCGGAUCAACAAUCGCCAAAUCAACCUCAACCCCAAACUCAAACUGAAACUCAAACCCAAACCCAACACCACCACCAACUUGUCGAUGAAUUGGAUGACGCGGAAGAAGAAGACAUGGUUCCCGAAACUCAACCAACACCACCACCACAAAGACGUAAAGGGAAAAAACAAGUGCGUGAGGGUGUCGCACAACCGGGAAGACAAAAGCCGACACUAUGGGUUCCACACGAAGAGCUAGUUUUGGUCAAAGCUUGGGUUGAUAUUUCUAAAGAUUCGAUUCAGGGAAACACACAACCGGGAGAACAUUUUUGGUUUCGCAUUUUAGAACGAUUUCGAGAGGAGCUAGGAAAAUGUGACGACUACCGUACUAAACAUCAACUUAACUCAAAGUUUCGAGAAAUAGCAAGGGGGGUUUCAAAAAUUAACGGGUUGUACAACAACCUAAAAACCCAACGGAAAAGCGGCCAAGGCGACGAAGAAAUACUUCAAGAAGCAUUGCAGUUUUACCUUGAGGAAGUCGGAAAACCAUUCAAGUGA